AUGGCGGCUCUAGUGCAAAGUUUCACUCAAAGAUCAUCUCGAUUAGGAUCCGUGUUGAGAAACCGCUCUAUACUAUGCUCUUCUCACCCCCUUGAAAGACAAGGAAGAAACAGCGCACGACAUAUCCACGCCCGCGCAACCGAAUAUCUUCAAAACAACGAUGUAGACCUAACAGACUCGCAACGCACCGUCCGCGAUGCAAUUUCCAAAAUAUGCAGCCAAUACACCGACGAAUACUGGCUCAAACAAGAAGAAAUCAAAAAAUUCCCAGCCGAAUUCCACAGAACCCUAGCCCAAGAUGGGUGGCUGGGAAUCUGUAUGCCACAGCAGUAUGGCGGAUCAGAGUUGGGUAUCGCCGAGGCAGCGGUGAUGAUGCAAACAAUCUCCGAAUCUGGUGGAGGGAUGACGGCUGCUUCGGCAGUGCAUAUGAACAUCUUUGGUCUUGAGCCAGUGGUCAAAUUCGGCACAGAUGAACAAAAGAAGCGCUGGUUGGAGCCUCUGGUUGCAGGGAAAGAGAGGGCUUGCUUCGGCGUCACUGAGCCAAAUACCGGCCUUGACACGUUGAAACUGCAAUCACAAGCCAAAAAGAAUGGAGACCAUGAGUAUAUCCUAUCCGGUCAAAAGAUCUGGAUUUCCACGGCCCAAAACGCGCAAAAGAUACUCAUUCUUGUCCGCACCACCCCGCUGGAUCAAGUCCAAAAGCCAUCCCAGGGCCUAUCCCUCUUCUACACCGAUAUAAACCCAUCCGUGGUUGAAAUCACCGAGAUUCCCAAAAUGGGCCGUGCUGCUGUGGAUACCAAUACCCUGUUUUUCGACGACUGGCGCGUACCGGCCAGCGACAUGGUUGGAAAAGAAAACGAAGGCUUCAAAAUGAUUAUGCACGGGAUGAAUGCAGAGCGUAUCCUUAUCGGCGCUGAAGCAUUGGGUCUAGGCUAUGCGGCAUUACGCAAGGCAGCUAUCUACGCAGGCGAGAGAAUAGUGUUUGGCCGCGCCAUUGGGAAAAAUCAGGCAAUUCAGCAUCCACUCGCAGAUAGUUGGAUGAAACUGGAAGCAGCACGGUUGAUGCUAUACCAUGCAGCACGCAUGUACGACCAGGGCUAUGCUGCGGGCGAGUAUGCCAAUGCUGCAAAAUAUCUUGCCGCUGAGGCUGCCUUUGAGUCGUGUGAGAGGGCGGUCAUGACGCAUGGUGGCAUGGGUUAUGCAAAGGAAUAUCAUGUAGAGAGAUAUCUCCGGGAGGUGUUUAUCCCAAGGAUUGCUCCGGUCAGUCGCGAAAUGAUUUGCAACUAUAUUGGUGAACGAGUAUUGGGAUUGCCUAGGUCAUAUUAA